AUUCGCAGCACAUCACGGCGGUACUCAUUUCCCACAAUGCACCUGGAAAGAAAUAAACAGAGAGCCAAGAUGGCGGCGGACAGUGAUCCCGAGUCGGAGGUGUUCGAGAUCACGGACUUCACCACCGCGUCAGAAUGGGAGAGAUUUAUUUCUCGGGUCGAGGAGGUGCUCAAUGACUGGAAGCUGAUUGGCUCUGGUGUCGGGAAACCACUGGAGAAGGGAGAACUCACCAGCGGCUCGUGGGAGGAACACACGCAGGAGAUCAACUUCGCUGACUUCAGGUUCUCCAUCACUCAUCACUGUCUGAAGCAGGAGUCCACUGAGAACGAGAGCAGGGACGAGCCAGAGGAAGAUGCGUAUCCGCUGGCCAUGCAGGACCUGCUGUGCAUGAACAACGACUUCCCCCCGCGAGCUCACUGCCUCGUCAGAUGGUUCGGUCUGCGUGAGUUCCUGGUGAUUUCUCCAGGAGCCAACUGUGAAGCUGUGGUCAGCGAGUCCAAGUGUAACCUGCUGCUGAGCUCCGUGUCCAUCGCUCUGGCUAACACGGGCUGUCAGGUGCCGCUGCUGGUGCAGAUCCAGCAGAAGUGGAGGAAGGUGUAUGCGGGUGAGUGUCAGGGGCCCGGGGUCCGCACAGACUUCGAGAUGGUGCACCUGCGUAAGGCUCCUGGUCAGUACACACACCUGUCGGGCCUGCUGGACAUCUUCAAGAACAAGAUCGGCUGCCCACUGACACCGCUGCCACCCAUCAGCAUCUCCAUCCGCUUCACCUUCGUCCUGCAGGACGGGCAGCAGUGCUCAUGGCCACAGCAGCCUCCAGACUUCGAUGCGCUCCUCGCUGGAGAGGUGGGCGGCGUGGAGUUCGGAAAACUUCCCUUCGGAGCGUGUGAAGAUCCCAUCAGUGAACUUCAUCUGGCAACCACCUGGCCGAACCUGACGGAGGGAAUCGUGGUGGAUAACGAUGUUUACUCUGAUCUGGAUCCUCUUCAGGCUCCUCACUGGUCGGUUCGCGUUCGGAAAGCAGACAAUCCCCAGUGUUUGCUGGGUGAGUUCCUGACCGAGUUCUUCAAGCUCUGCUGCCGCAAGGAAACCAGCGAAGAGAUUCUGGGGAGGAACGCCGUCGACGAGGAGGGGAAAGAGAACAGUGACAUCAGUCAGGCGCUGUCCAAGCUGACGGAGCCCACAGCCGUCCCCAUACACAAGCUGUCCGUCUCCAGCAUGGUGCACAGCGCCAGGAAGCGCAUCCGGAGAAACAGACGCGCCGAGGAGUCUCCGCUCAACAACGACGUGCUCAACUCCAUCCUGCUGUAUCUGUUCCCGGACGCAGCUCUGGAUAAAGCAGACUCGAGCGAGGUCAGAUCCUCGCAGGAACCGACCCGAGACUCGGAGGAUUACCAUCUCUAUAAUCAGCUGAAGUCUGCUCCGAGCGACAGUCUGACGUCUCGUCUGGCCCUGUGUGUGUGUGUGGUGAACUUCCAUCACGGAGGAGUGAGAGCCGUGGCUCACCUGUGGCAGGAGUUUGUGCUGGAGAUGCGUUACCGCUGGGAGAACAACUGCCUGAUCUACGGGCUGGCCGGUGGAGCUCCAGAUCUCAGGUGUUGUCUUCUUCAUCAGAAGCUGCAGAUGCUGAACUGCUGCAUCGAGCGCAAGCGAGCGAGGGAUGAUGGGAGGAAGAGCGGCGCGUCAGACAGAAGCCGUGCGGACGUCUCUCCGGGGAAGUCCUGGGACUCGUGGAGCGACAGCGAGGAGGAGUUCUUCGAGUGUCUGAGCGACACGGAGGAGAUGAAGGAGACGGACAGCGAGAAAAGACCAGCCAAUAAGAGCAAAGCUGAGGGUCGUCUGCAGCCACACGGCAAACUGACUCUUCUGAGGUCACCAGAGCCGCUCUACAUCCCCGUCACACAGGAGCCUGCGCCCAUGACUGAAGACCUGCUGGAGGAGCAGUCGGAGGUUCUGGCCAAACUGGGCACGUCUGCUGAAGGAGCACACCUCCGCGCCCGCAUGCAGAGCGCCUGCCUGCUCUCAGACAUGGAGUCCUUCAAGGCAGCGAAUCCCGGCUGUUGUCUGGAGGAUUUUGUGCGCUGGUAUUCUCCGAGAGAUUACGUGGAGGAUGAGGUGGAUGAGGCGGGACAGACGGUCACACGGGGCGAGCUGAGCGCUCGGAUGAAGAUCCCGGGAAACAUGUGGGUGGAGGCCUGGGACACGGCCAAAGCCACACCGGCCCGCCGACAGAAGAGACUGUUUGACGACACCAAAGAGGCCGAGAAGGUGCUGCAUUACCUGUCGCAGCAGAAGCCGUCGGACCUGACGCAGCACCUGAUGCCCUGCGUGCUGCACGUCGCUCUGCUGAAGAUCAAGGAGGAAGAGGCGUCUGAAGACAUCGCAUCGGUGCGUAAAGCUCUGCAGCAGGUCACCGCUCACGCCAGCAAACUGCUGCGGCACCCAAACCCUGACUUCAAGAAGCUGGAGGACGUCAUCGCUCAGAUGAGCGCGGUGGAGGCCGUCAUCGCCUGCUCUCGAUCGCUCAAGAACAAGUUUGGCAUCGCUGGAGGACAGCGGGAGGAUGACACUGACGAGCUGCAGAGGUUUGUCAGCUGUCUGCUGGAGGAGCCCGAGGUGUCUGUGAUCGGAGCCGGACGAGGACCUGCUGGAACCAUCAUCCAUAAACUGUUCGUCAGCUCGCAGCGGUUGGUCGACUCCAGCGACGAGGCCGCUCUGCUGGCGCCGAUGGAGGACGAAGCGGGUCAUUCUGGAGGGACAGAUGACAGGAAAGCGGUUCCAGAUUUCCCGCCCCCUGCUGGACGGGAGGUUCUCCUGCGCACCUGUGUGCCGCGGCCCGCGCCGUACUCUAAAGCCCUGCCGCAGCGGCUCUUCUGUGUGCUGACGAGAGACGAGUUCAGGCUCGCCGGGGCCUUCUCCUCCGACACCUGCUUCUUCUGAGACACAGACCAGUCUCAGAGAACACCUCAUUAAUACAUCACACUGUACACA